CAUCGACUUUUGUUCCAGCUCUAUAGUUCACAUGCAACUUACUGCUGAGCGCGUUUUUUUUUGUUGUAAAAAUCUAAAGUACAAGAAUUAGAUUUAGUUAACUCGCUCCUAGUGUUUAAACAAGUACACCUUUAGUUAGCUUUACGGUUACUUUCCCGUGGCGAAGGAAUAAUUGCAAAAUAAUUACCAUUAGCUCUCGGCAAAAGUUGAGCGAAGCAAAAAGAGAAGUUUGCAAGAAGAGGCGUGUGAGCGUGACGAAGAGAGCGAGAGAGCGCAGAAUAUCGAAUCGAACGGAACAGGGCGAGGAAAGGGAACGUGAACGAAACGGAUCGAAAAAAUCGAAGAGACUUGGACAACCGAAGAAAACCCCACAUCCAAAACACAAAAACCCGGUUGCCUGGGGAGCAAAUGUCAAAUUGCUGCGCAUAAAUACAUUAAUUUGAAGCUCCCCGCACAAGUGAGGCUCAUCCAAAAUUUCACACACAGGCAGCAGUUGUCGCAACAGGAAAAAAGGAUUCAGCACACGAUGUACGCCGGAGCAUAUGCACCCAACGCCGGCGGCGUUCAACAGCACACGGGCGGCGGUUACUAUGGCAAUGGUGCCGCUGCAGGAGGUGGCGGCAAUGGUGCCCCACGCCACGAGCGUCCCUACUAUCCGCGCAGCAAUUUCGCCGGCGCCGCCGGUGGAGCUGCCAUCAAUGGAGCAGCCACUGCCGCUGGUAGCAUGCACUUUGGCCAGCCUUAUGGCGUGAUGACCUAUGGCAUCCAGAAUGGUCUGGGAAUGGGAGCCGCCGGCUCUGGUGCCGGUAAUCCUUAUCGCCAGCAAAACGGUGUUGCCUUCGCCGGUAAUGGCCUCGGAGGAGGCGCCGGCGGUGGUGGCGGUGCCGGAUCCAGUGGAGCUGGCGGCUAUGGAGGACCGCGUGGCAAAAAUCCAAACUACGCACAGCGCUAUCAGAAGCCGCACAACGGCGGCGGAGGUGGCGGUGGCUACCAAAGCAAUAACUACAAUGCUGCCGCCUUAGGCAUGCUUUCCAAAGAGGAACGCGCCGAGAUCCAACGCGAAAAGGCCAAGAAUCCCGGCCGCAAUCUAGUGAAACCCAAGUGGGAGAAUCUUGAGCCCUUCCACAAGGAUUUCUACAACAUUCAUCCGAAUACACUGGCCAAAUCAGAGCAGCAGGUGGCCGACAUACGCCGCGAACUGGAAAUCACAGUGUCUGGUAACGAACUACCGCACCCGGUGGUCAGUUUUGAGGAGAGCUCACUGCCCGCUCACGUCAUUGAAGAGAUGAAGCGCCAGGGAUUCACCAAGCCCACUGCUAUCCAGUCGCAGGGCUGGCCCAUCGCCUUAAGUGGCCGCGAUUUGGUUGGCAUUGCCCAGACCGGUUCCGGCAAGACGCUGGCAUACAUGCUGCCGGCCAUCGUACACAUUGGCAAUCAGCCACCCAUAUUACGCGGUGAAGGACCCAUUGCACUGGUGCUGGCGCCCACCCGGGAGCUGGCCCAGCAGAUCCAAUCGGUGGUGCGAGACUAUGGACAUCUGUGCAAGCCCGAGAUCCGUCACACUUGCAUCUUUGGCGGCUCAUCGAAAGUGCCGCAGGCACGCGAUCUUGACCGCGGCGUCGAAGUAAUCAUCGCCACACCGGGACGACUGAUUGAUUUCCUUGAGAAUCGCAACACCAACUUGCAGAGAUGCACUUAUCUAGUGCUGGACGAAGCCGAUCGCAUGCUGGACAUGGGCUUCGAGCCGCAGAUCCGUAAGAUCAUUGAGCAAAUUCGUCCCGAUCGCCAAGUCGUAAUGUGGUCCGCCACCUGGCCAAAGGAGGUGCAGGCCCUAGCCGGUGACUUUUUAAACGAUUAUAUCCAAAUUAACAUUGGCUCCAUGAACCUAUCGGCCAACCACAACAUCCGCCAGAUUGUCGAGAUCUGCACCGAAAUGGAGAAACCGCAGCGCUUGGUGCGCUUACUCAAUGAGAUCGCUCCCACCAAGAAUUCGGCCAACAAUGGCAACAAGAUCAUCAUCUUUGUGGAGACCAAGAUCAAGGUGGAGGACAUCUUGCAGAUCAUCCGUACCGAAGGUUACACCGCCACCUCAAUUCACGGCGACAAGACACAGAAUGAGCGUGAUUCAGUGCUAAAGGAUUUCCGCAACGGCAAGUCCAACAUUCUGAUUGCCACCGAUGUGGCCUCGCGCGGUCUUGAUGUGGAGGAUCUGCAGUACGUGAUUAACUAUGAUUACCCCAACUCAUCGGAGAAUUACGUGCACCGCAUCGGGCGCACUGGCCGAUGCCAGCAGCUGGGAACUGCCUACACCUUUUUCACGCCCGACAAUGCCAAGCAGGCGCGUGAACUGAUCUCUGUGCUUGAAGAGGCUGGCCAGACGCCGUCGCAGGCGCUUUUGGACUUGGCUCGUUCGAUGCCAAGCUCGGGCGGCUAUCGUGGCAACAAGCGCUGGAACAACAACGGUGGCGGCGAUCGCAACACUGGCGGUCACAACGGCGUCUAUCAGCAGCGCAAUAGCAAUCCGCUGAAUUACCAGGCCGGUAACAACUAUAACAACAAUCGCAGCGGCCCCUUAACUGGCGGUAGCUACCAGCAGUAUGCCGCUGGCGGCAAUAGCUAUCAACAGAAUGGUGGUGGUGGCGGCGGCGGCGGUAAUUGGAACCGCAUGAAUCAAAUGGGACAGGAUGGCGGAGCUGGACAGCAGCAGCGAAAUGGCAACACCUAUCGCCCGAGGGCUCCCUUCAACAAUGGCGGACCACGUGCCAUUAUGGGCCAUCAGGGUGGCGCCGGCGGAGCAGGCGGCGUGGGCGGAGGAGGUGGCGUAGGCGGUGGCCCACAGCCGCACAUGGCGCCCCAGCAGGGCGGUCAGUAUAUGCCACAGGCGUAUCGCGGACGUGGCCAGUUUGUGCCGCAGGGAGCUGGUGCCGGUGGCAUGCCGCCACGAUUCCAGCAGUAUCCCAAGCGGGAGUAUCAGCAACAAGGAGUGGCCCACUACGGCCAGCAGGCCGUUCAGCAUCAGCAGCAACAACAACAGCAGCAGGUGCAGCAGGCAGGCCAGCAGACCAAGCCGCCCAAGGAUGAUGGCAACAAGUAUGCACCACCGCCACCGGCUGCGGUGACCACCUCGCUGGUCCAUUACACGCCAGCCAAUUCGCCACCGAUUGCGGCCGUAGCUGCUGCCGCUGCAGCAGCCGCCGGACGAGCAGCAGCUGUGGCUCCGGCUCCCGGUGCCGCCUACAUGUACGAUGCGGCCGGCGUUCUGACCACCGCCGCUGCGCCGGGCACCAAUCCAUAUGCCAACCAGUUCAGCAUGCCGGCCACCUACUAUGCCGCCCAGCAUCACCAGUUCGCCCCAGCCGUGGCAGGACCCGGACCAGGACCCGGCCAGGCCAUCGAGCAGGCGGGACACCAAUAGGUUAUUGCGCUCACGGGAGGAAAUGGUAUGGAAAUGGACGUAGAAGUGGAAGUGGAUCGUGGAGAGCUACAACAACAACAGCUUUAGUAAAAUCAACAACAAUGCUAGCAACAACAACUUUAACAACUAUACCAACACCAACACCGACGACAUGGACAAAGAAAUCAACAAUUAUUCGACCACACUCGUGAAAUCCAAAUGCAUAUGAUGAUAAAUGAAAGAAAGGAUAUAAUUUUGCCAAACAUAUAAGAGCAUAUAAUAGCUGCUCUUUAAAUUCUGAGCGAAAAUCAUUGCCUUUUUUGUUUCUAUAUUUCUCAACACCCCCAGCUUACUACUAUUAUUAGUACUUUUGUGUUCUCUUUUGCUUAUUUAAGCAUUCGCAGUUUGUGUUUGCGAUACAAUUUGACAUCUACCCCCCCGACCUUUCAUUCGUUACUGUUCUCUGGACAAACAGCCCAAGCCAUCAAUAACCAGGGCCAACGCUUGGAUCGUCGGCCUCGAAACCCUUUUAUGUUUUCCAAACACAAGGUAAAACGAAACAAAUAUCAAGAACACCUCGAAAGGGAAUGAUUAUUGUAGUUUUUAAGCUUUUCCACACAAAAGAAACACACACACACCCCGACAGUUGCAUGUUCUUCGAAUGUUUAAAAGAAUUAAGUAAGUUAUUUUUAUUAUUCUUUUUCGCCAGGCAAAAUCGAGUAUACUCAGCGUUUUAUAGCCAUUCAGUUGGUUGAUCAACGUUCAUACAUUUAUAUGUUAUACCUAAAAAAAAACAAAACAAGAAAGGAUCUAGAGACAGACACUGUUAAUUAAGUGAUAUUUGUAAAUUCGUGUGUAUCAAUCUUUACACAAAGCCAAGAACACAAGCACGCAACCAAAAAACAAAAAUAUUGAAUUCGAAAAUUGUCAAAAACAAAGUAAGGGAUUGAAACAAAAAAAAAACCCUUUUCACUAACUUGGUUGGUAUGAAAUGAACGGUUUGCUUACAAUAACACAUUUAAAUACAUGUUUAAUUAUUUUAUAGACAUAUAUAUACAUUAUCCGAGCGAAAUUUGCAACAAACAAUUACAACAAAGGGAAAACUGACUAAAUUCUACACAAAUUCCAUUUAAGAAAACGCAGCUAACGGUUGAGAUAUAUAAUGUACACCUAUGUUUUGGCCAAAUCCAAAAUAGGCGAAAAGGGAAAUGGGCAGCGCUGCUUUGGUAGGAAGUAUGUUAAAGAAAAACUAACAAACUAAAACAAGUUACAAUCGAUAAUAAUAAAACAAUUAUAAAGCAAUGGGAGAACACGAACACAGCCACAUAGAACCCACACAAGCACACGCAUUCACACACACACACCCACACUGACAUAAAAGCACUCAACACACACACACACCCACAAACACCACAAGGACAAGCAAAUUUACAGUUAUCAUUUAAUUUCCCAUUUUGAUACAUAUAUGUGUGUAUUCUAUAUAUGCUAUAUAUAUAUUUACAUGUAUGUGUAGAUUCGAGCUUGAUUUUCAAUGGAGAUUAAAACAAAAACUCAUUUUGUUGAACAUUUAUAGAAUUCGAUAAUAAUCCCCUAACACAACAUUCGCAUAAAUUAACGAGGUUUUUUCAAAAGUUCUAUGCAAAUACUUGAAAAUACAAAAAGAAAAAUUCAAUUACAAUUUUCAAUUAUUCAAAGACCAAAGAACAGAAGCAGUUGAAAAUAAGAAGAUAGAAAGCGAAGAAAAAAGAAAAGACGCCACAUUCAUCCAUAAAAACAAGUAAAGCGAACACGAAACAAGAGGAAAAGAAGGAGGAACACAAAACAAGGUUAGAAGAUCGAAUAAUGCCAAGCAAUGCCACACGAAAAUAAUGAUAAUAAUAAUACAGCAAACAUAAUGCAUACUUCUGACUAUUCCAAAAAGCUCAUUUUUUUCGUAUCCCCAUAUCUUUAUUUGUUAUUUGAUUUGAAAAUCGCUUCGAUUUGUAUCAUUAAUUUUCCUCUUCCGAAUACUUUUGGCCAGAGUUCAGGAUGAGUAAAUAAGUAGUAGUAACAUUAAUUGGCAGCUCCAGUCAUAUAGUUAGCAGUAAUAUAUCCAAAUAUCGUCUGUUCAAGCAGUUGUCCAUGUUGUUGCAAGCAGUGCGUUAUCCUCGCCACGGGAAAGCAGUACAAAAAAGCCGAAAAAUUUUUGGAAAACGUAACGGACACAAGGGAAUAUUCUACAGUCGAAUUGUGUGAGAACAAGUACACAAGGAAAAUAGAUGAAAAUCAUGUAAAUUAUAUUAUAAAUAUAUUUGUUAGCCUAGCCGAUCGGGGGGUGUGAAAGGAACAUUUCUAUUCAUUUUUUUUUAUUAGUUCUCUACGUAUACGGUUUCUUUUUAGCAAAUAAAAAAAAUCGGGAAAAACAUGAGGGAAUAUUUAUAUAGGGUGUAUCGUCAACACAAGGAUCUCUUUUUUAAAGCAAAACGGACGGGAGACUCGAAUUCUUCUAUAUACAUACAUAGACCUAUAAUUCAUAGAGAAUUUCACUUUUAUUUCAUUUCAUUUUUGGUUUCCUUGGGGUUAGUCGACUUCCAUACAUUUUGAAAAUCAUUGGAGAGACGGGUUUCAAAACCUACAACUAGAUGUUUUAUUUUCUUAUAUACUCUAGGCGUAUACGCAAAGUUACCAAGUGAAUUAACGUUUUUAUUUUUAUAAUUUCAUACUUCUUUAUUAUAAUUUCGAUGCAACCGAAUUGUGAUGAUGUGAUAGACUUAUAUAAACAAACGAAAAUACAAAAAUACUAAUUAAUAACCAAUUUAAAUGAAGUAAUCGCAGUGCCCCCAAAAAGGCCAGGCCAAAAACACUGAAACUGAAACUGAAGCAGAGGCAGCUGAAACUGAAGCUGAAUCUGAAUCGAAAUCAGUAACUGAAUCAGAAGAGAAAUAUGAAUAUAUGUUAUGUAUUUGUAUUAUUGUCGUUGUCGUUGUCGCUCAUAGACAAUGUCUGAUGGCUACAAUAUAAUGUAUUAUGGAUGACUUGAGGCAUACAUUCUUUUUUUGAAGAAAUAAAACUAUAGAGCGCGAUAUUUGUAUUGUAUUUAUCUAUAAGUUGUUGUGUACACACUGCGAAAAGAAACAAACAAACCAAACAACAAACUAAAAAAAAAAGCAAAAAAAACAAUGGAACACACAAAAUCAAAAGAAAACAAAAAAAAAGAGCAAAAGAAGUUGAAACUGAUAAAAUUUAAGAGUAACUGAAACCGAAAGCACCCAAAAACAGAAGGGGAAAGCGGAGAAUUCGUUGUUCCCUUCGCACUUUUGAGGCAAGUCCUUCGUUUAAGUCCUGAUCGAUCGCUCUAUCUCUGUCUCCAUCCCUAACUCUCUCAGACCCCCCGCCCCGCCCCCUUAUACGAUAUAUUUCUCGCUCGCAGUCUCUUCUUGAAACGAUAGAUUUAAAACGAUAGAAAUUCGCAUAUACAUAUAUUUUUGAAAGUAUAGAAUUGCAACUUUUGAAAAAAUGCAACCAAAAAUAAAGACGAAAGACUAAAGCCAAAAACAAAAUGAAUUCAAUUGUUUGAAGCAAGAACAAGAGAAUAACGGAGAAAGUGCAACGAAGUGCCGUUAUUUCGAUAGUUUGUAUAGUUAUUUUUGUUUUUUUUUGUAAUACUUAUUUUCUGUUUCGUUUACUUAGAGAACUUAAAAUCGUUUACACACACAUACACACCCACACACACAAAUACGCGUUUUUGAUUUAGUUUUCGUUUUUGCGUUUGUUUAACUUUUUUAUUUGUUUUGUUUUAAGCUUUUUCGUUGGUAAACCAAAAUAUGUAUAUAUGUGUAUGUAUGGGCAUACAUGUAUCAAUGUCGAUGAAGUCGAUAAAGUGAAUGCAUUUACCGUUACAGUGCGAUGCGCACAAGUGCCAAAAAUGCAGCAAAAACACCCGCACACACCCACGCACUCGGACACACACACACACAUACACUCACACGACAACAAUUAAACAAAGACACGUACACGCCAACAACCACACACACAAGUUUCUUAUAGAUGAUACAAAACACAAACGAAAACAUUACAUGUGCACAGUGGGAACAUCCUGUGCGACCCACUGUGCACGCAAAGCCUACAAAACAAGCAUACUUUUAAGCGCCAAAGUUAGGAGCGUCUUUUGAGGGUUCUAAAAACAAAAUAAGAAAACCAUUAAACACCAGACUUGUUGGGCAAUUAACAUUUAACUGCUGGAUGUAGGCUAAAUUUUUGCCAUCGGCAGACGGAACUAACUUUAAAAUAAUAAAAAUAAUACAAGUUGAAACCAAAACCCAUUGUGAUAACAGCUGCGUAAACGAAACACGUUAGAACCUUACUUGUACGUAUUUCGAUUGCAAUUCGAUAAAACGGGGAUCCCCCACUAAGUCCUAAAUAAUACAAAUUCAAUCAAAAGCAAGCAAGCCAACAAUUUAUCCAAACUAGUUUUUAAACGAAUACAAAACAACUCACCCAGCCGCACACACACACACACGUAUUUUUACUGAUUUGAAAAGAAGAAGAACUAUUCUUGAUUUUCAUUUGUUGUGUUGACCAAUGCAAAUUUUAGCGACAAAUUAAGAAAAGAAGAAAAUACACAUACCAGAAAACAAAAAAAAAAGAAACAAACACAAAUGCAAAUUCUUAGCCAUUUCGAAGGAGCGUGCAUUUAGAAUAUUACAUCAACUAAUAUUUACACUUGCAUAUAUUCAAAGCAAACCAUUUGAAUAAAUUCUAAAUAUUUACUAUAGAUCACUAACACAAAAUGAUGCAUACAAUGUUGAUGCAAAUCCAUAAACGAGAAGCCAAGCAAACGCGUUUGAAUGAAUGUUUGCAGCUUAAGCUAAGUUAGCACACACAAUAUAUUAUAUUAAUUAUAACGAAACGAUAUAGGUAUGCAAUAUAAUGCAUAUAUUUAUAAUGCACCGCCUCCCCCUUUUUCCCGUCGUCGCAAAACCCAAGAAAGUUGCGUCGGAAAAAGGGGCGAUAACUAAAUUGUAAUCAAUUUACCUAUCUUAUACUAGAUUAUACGAACCCAUAAACACAACCCCGUCCUCAUUUAGAAAUCGGACAGCAAACCUUCCCCUUGGUCCCGCAUCCCAAAAUGUUAAACACGAAAACGUCAAAAAAAAAAAGAAACGCAUAAAUAUGAAAUAUGUAACGGAAAUCUUUACAAAAAGCGAAAUAGGUAUCUUCUAUAUAAUAAAUAAACGCCAACAAAAAUCACUUAAA